UGCUUCAACUGGUCCUUGCCAGGAUAAUUUAUUUGAGGCCUCUAGAAGUGAACCCUCUUUAGUUUCUUCUUUCUCCUCCAUUAGUUUUCUGCAGUAAGCUAGAAAUCUGAGUGUUGGAAGGUUUUUGUCACUUUUCAGUGGAACAUUUUGGGCAGCAUUCUGUGGUUCUUCAGAGUUUUGAAGAUUGCUUUGCUUCUCAUGGACCUUUCUCGCACGCUAUUAGUCAUUUGGGUGACAGCGAGCUUUAUCUUUCAGAACUCAAACAAUGUGGAAGGAAGAUUCCAUUACCACAAGAAGCAGAAGAACAAAACCCCCCCUGCAGCCUCGCCCCCUAAACCUCCAGGGCAUUCAUCCCCUGCUAUUCCUCCUCCUGCAAUUCCUUCCGACCCGCACCCUAAUGAUCCCGGUAACUCCUGUGUUUUCGAUGUAACAUCUUUUGGGGCAGUUGGAGACGGUGCUGCUGAUGACACUUCUGCGUUUAUAGCAGCAUGGAAAGCUGCUUGUGCAGUAGAGUCAGGUGUGGUCCUGGCUCCAGCAGAUUAUAGUUUCAAAAUCACUUCAACAAUCUUCUCAGGGCCAUGCAAGCCAGGACUUGUAUUCCAAGUGGAUGGGGUGCUAAUGCCACCCAAGGGACCAAAUUCCUGGCCGAAAGCGGAUAGCCGGAAGCAAUGGCUUGUGUUUUACCAACUAGACCACAUGACUUUCACAGGGAAAGGAACCAUUGAAGGGAAUGGCCAGGAGUGGUGGGCUCUCCCAUGCAAGCCUCACCGGGGUCCUAAUGGAUCGACAAUGCCAGGGCCAUGUGACUCCCCUGCAUUAAUUAGAUUCUUCAUGAGCUCCAAUUUGGUGGUCAGCGGUUUAAAGAUCCAAAAUAGUCCUCAGUUCCAUAUGAAAUUCGAUGGCUGUGAUGGAGUACUGAUAGAAAAGCUGUCAAUCUCUUCACCAAAACUUAGCCCCAAUACCGAUGGGAUCCACAUUGAGAACACCAAAUCGGUUGGAAUAUACAACACCAUGAUAGGAAAUGGCGAUGAUUGCAUUUCGAUCGGACCGGGGUGCUCAGAUGUUGACAUUGAGGGUGUCACAUGCGGGCCUAGUCACGGGAUAAGCAUUGGAAGCCUUGGAGUGCAUAAUUCCCGGGCGUGCGUUUCCAACAUAACAGUACGCAACGCAGUGAUUAAGGAAUCGGACAAUGGGCUGAGGAUCAAGACAUGGCAAGGUGGAACAGGCUCUGUAACAGGGAUAUCAUUCGAGAACAUCCAAAUGGAAAACGUCAUGAACUGCGUAAUAAUAGACCAAUAUUAUUGCCUCUCAAAGGCUUGCUUGAACGAAACUUCAGCCGUAUAUGUCACGGACGUGGCCUUCAGGAACAUAAAGGGCACCUAUGACGUGCGCAGCCCCCCAAUCCACUUUGCUUGCAGCGACACCAUUGCUUGCACAAAUAUCACACUUUCGGACGUGGAGCUUCUCCCACAUGAAGGGGAGCUAGUGGAUGAUCCCUUCUGCUGGAAUGCUUAUGGAAAUCAGGAAACCUUGACUAUUCCUCCCAUUACCUGCUUGCGAGAUGGGGACCCUCAGAAAGUGGUAGAGCUCUCCCAAUAUGGUUGCUAUGGAUAGUGUUACAGUGUAUACUGUAUAAAGCCCAAGAGGCCCUUAUCUGUAAUGGGUCUUAUUAUUACUUAGGCUCCAUCCCUAUUUGGGUUUCCCCCCAUUAUUGUGUGAUGAGAUGUAUUAUGGGUCUACUUCAUUGGGCUUAUGUUGUAAUAGAUUGGAUUCUUACGUUAAAAGUAUAAGAUCGAAAUAUCAUUUGGGUGAUUAGUUUGAAAUAAAGGUCAUGAGAUGUAAUAUUAUAUUUAUGGUUCUACCACUUUGGGCCUAUGUUGUAAUAGAUUGGAUUCUCACAUUAUAUAAAGUAUAAGAUUGAAAUGAGUUUGAAGACAA